CUAACAAUCCGCCGUCUGCUCCGCUCCGCUCCGGUUCUACUCUCCACUCUCUAGUGUAUUUAAGUGUAUUCAAGUGCGUCGUGGACGGAGUCGCUCGCGUAAGGCUGGUGGAAGAUGGAUUGUCGUGUUGCGCCGAGCGUUGGCUUGUAAAUCCCCGUCAAGUAUCGAGGACGCGAGGGCAAAGCGUCGUCGCGCCGCUUCCUGCCGCCUUCACCGCCAUCGAGUCGGAGAUCUCCCCCAAGAGAGGAGCGCGUCUACGGAAGCGGGCGGUAAAAGCGGGACGCGCGUCCUACGGAUCUUACGAUAUUCGUUAGAUCGUAUAUCGUUCGCGAAACGGUGUUCCAGCUGCAGCUGACGUUCCGCGUCGAAACGUCGCGCCGUGCGUGGUCAUUCGAAUUGUCGCUAGAAUCUCGCGUUUUCGUUAUUCCCGUUCCAUUUCGAUCCGGGCAAAAUGGGGACGUUUUGUUACAACUUCUCCAAGUACUCGCUGGCGGCCAUAAGCCUCGUGUUUUUGAUUAUCUCGGUAACAGUGAUUACUAUGGUAGCAUGUAUGUUAUCGGACAGAACGUAUUUAGUAUCGAUCGCCGAGGAAGGAAACAACUAUGAAGCAGGCUUAUACAUUCUGCUCUUCACCGGAAUUCUUAUGCUCAUCGUCUCCAUUUUGGGCUGGUGUAGUGCUUUGAAGCUUUUUCGAUAUUGUCUGGCCACUUUCAUCAGCAUCAUGCUUGUUAUCGUCGUCGCGCAAAUUGCAUUCGCAGGAUGGCUUUACGCUCAUAAAGAUCGUUUGGACGAAUUGGUGCGAUCUUCCGUGAUAAAUACUGUUAAGGAUGAAUACGGUGAUAUACAAUGUCGCACGCAAAUCAUGGAUACAAUUCAAUCUACUCUUGAAUGCUGCGGAGCCAAUGGACCUGAAGAUUGGGCCGGCAGUAAAUUUGGAAAGCAAGAUCCUUCUCAAUUACGCCUCAAUUUUGGCGUUUCAAACGCCGAAAACAUAUUCAGAAUACCAAAAUCCUGCUGCAAAGAUACGGAUAGCACCGACUGCAAUCAAGGACGUCAGAUGAAAGUUGCCGGAGUCGUGAGCUCUGCGAUCUACAGUGAGGGAUGUAUGGAAAAGUUGGUUACUACACUGAAGACGCAGACUUAUCACUUUAUGGGUGCAGCGGUACUGGUUUUAGCCCUAGAAAUCGUUAGUCUAAUACUCGCUUUAAUUUGCUGUUAUAAAGGCGGAUCAUCAGAUAGAUACAAAGCUUAAACUGAUUUCAUCGCGCGUAUCAUGUAAGAAUCUUUCCUCUGCCGGGUGUCCCACAAUAACAGCGUAAUACCAAAAAUAAUCAAACUUUUGUUUUUGUGCCAACACCAGUGGAUACUUGGUAAAUUGUAUCUUAUGUUCGGCCAUGUAAAACAAACGAAAUGUUCAUCUUAUUUUUAUAUAGUAUAUUUAAUAAGUAACCAAUUCUUAUACUGUGUUUUAUUAUUCUAUACAAAUUGGUAUGCGUUAUUUUGGGACCAAUUCAAGCUCUCUGACUCACAUAAUAGUAUCAUUAUA